AUGGAUAAAAAUGAUAGUGAACAAAUCGCAUCACCAGCAUCAGUUGAAUCACCUUCAAGUACUGUUGAAAGUAGUCAACAACGAUUUGAUUCACAAGGUGAUGAUGGAUCAUUUUUUGUUGGAAGUUUACCAGCUGAAGUCAUACGUCGUGUAAAUGCACUUCGAAAUCUUCAAGCCGAACAUCAUAAAAUUGAAGCAAGCUUUUUUGAAGAAGUUCAUGCACUUGAAUGUCGUUAUUUAAGCAAAUAUCAACCACUCUAUGAGAAACGUUUAAAUAUUGUCAAAGGUACUUAUGAGCCAACAGAAGCUGAAGCUAAAUGUGCAUUUGAUGGAGAUGACGCUGAUGAACAAGCCAAAAAAGCUGCUGAAGAAGAAAAAAAAGAUGCAGAAAAGAAAGACGAAGAAAAAGCCGUUGGCAUUCCAGAAUUCUGGUUACAAGUAUUCAAAAAUUCCGAUAUUGUUUCUGAUUUAAUUAAAGAACAAGAUGAAGAAGUUCUUAAACAUCUUAUUGAUGUUCGUAUAGCAAUGCAAAAUGAAGCUGAUAAGAAAGGCUUUACAAUUGAAUUUGAAUUUACAUCUAAUGAAUACUUUACUAAUACAAUAUUAACCAAAUUUUAUGAACUUCGUACAGGACCAGAUGAUCAAGAACCAUUAUCAUAUGAAGGACCUGAAAUAAUUAAAUCGAAAGGCUGUGAAAUUCAAUGGAAUAAAGGAAAGAAUGUCACAAUGAAAAUGGUUAAAAAAAGACAAAAACAUAAAAAUCGUGGAACAAUCCGUGUAGUUACAAAAGAAGUUCAAACUGAUUCAUUUUUUAAUUUCUUUUCACCACCAACUGUACCAGAAGAUCCAGAAGCUGAACUUGAAGAUAGUGACGAAAUGAGAAUGUUAGCAGCUGAUUUUGAAAUUGGUCAUAUGCUUCGAGAUUCAAUUGUACCAAAAGCUGUCCUCUAUUAUACCGGUGAAGUUGGUGAUGAGGAUGAUGGAGAUUAUGAUGAUGAAGAUGAAGAUGAAGAUGAGGAUGAAGAUGAUGAUCAAGAUGAAGAUGAAGAUGAAGAAGAACAUGAAGGACAUGGAGCUGCUCGUGGCGGUCAUGGUCAUAGUCAUGGUGGUCAUUCUCAUGGUAGUGGUGGUGGUAAACAUGGUGCCGGUGGUAAAUCUCGAGGCGGUAAACAAGGCGGCGGUGGUCAACAACCCGAGUGUAAACAACAGUAA